GAACAACUUCAGUGCCUUCAGCGCUUUGAUAGUUACUGGGAUCCGAGGAGCAUAACAGUCAGUUAACGAUCCUUGCAUAAUAAAUGUUAACCUGACAUUAAGACCUGCUGUAUGUAUACGUGUUCGUUCGGUUCACAAAGGUUAACAAAAUAGAUUUCAGUGACAACAAUGAAGAUAUAUUUUUGUGGCAGCAUAGGAGGAGGUCGACAGGAUGAUGAAAUAUAUGCACGACUUAUUGAGAAGCUUCAAACUUACGGAGAGGUCCUUACAAAACACGUUGGCUCCAAAACUGUUGUUCAAGAUGAGAUAGAUUUGACUGCCAAGUACAUUCAUGACCGAGAUGUUCGGUGGCUCGAAGAGAGUGAUGUUGUGGUAGCGGAGGUAACCCAGAUCUCUAUGGGAGUGGGGUACGAGCUCGGACGAGCCGCUGCCAUGGGCAUGAAGAUACUGUGUCUCUACAGACCUUCGCCUGAUAAACGUCUGUCUGACAUGAUAGCUGGGGCUCACAACGGCACAAAAUUUAUCGUAAAAAAAUACACCGAAGAAGAGGCGGAGCAAAUAUUUAAAGACUUUCUUAUAUAAACGUCCAGAAGUCAACAAGUGUGAACGGUCCCGAGUUUUGUCGGUCGACGUCAUCAGAUUAUGUCUCAGGACACAGCUGUGUUUACACUGCAGAAAUAUUUUGUAAUAAAAUAACUUAAAGGGGCAUUUUCACGCUUUGGUAAAUUGACAAAAUUAAAAAAGGUGUUUCAGAUCCGCAAAUUUUCGUUUUAGUUAUGAUAUUUGUGAGGAAACAUUAAUACUGAACAUUGACCAUUUUCUAAAAUAGCCAUUAUAUGCAUCUUUUGACGAUUUGAAAACCUGAAAAUUAUAAAGCGUUGCAACGCGAAACGAUUGCAUAAUUUGGAGAGUUCUUUUGUUGUCGUUAUAUUUUGCGAAACUACGAGGAUUACUUAUUUUAAUGCAUGAAGUCGGAUUAAAUUGACGAAUGUCUAAUUUCAUAAAUCCAAAAUAUAAAAAAAUAGUAAAUUGGAAUAGAAUGGGUGGAAUAUUUCACAAGAAGUGUUCUCAUCAUCAACUGAUCAACUGGUAGUACUGAUUGGAUAUGGAAAAUAAUGCCCUAAGUUAGGGUUGAAUACAGAUGAGUUAAUUCAGUAAAUUAAGUAGGCUAAGAAAAUCAUAAGAGUUGAAUUUCCUGAAGCUAGUUGUCCUUUUCAGUAUCGUGGUCGUGCAUAAUCUGUGAGUGGAACAUGGACCCCGGCUAACUCGACUAAAAGGAACGCAACUGCCUCCUAUGUGGAACGUCGAAAGUUGCGCCCCCUACACCCGAAAAAGCGAUUCGAAGACCUUCCAACCAGCCGCGAAGAUUGAUUCAGGCGAUGAGGAACGAACGAAAAAUGAAACAUACGUCUGCAUAAAGUCAUCAACUUUCGUAUCUGCCUUAUUAUUAAAUAUUAUUUCAACAGAGUAACUAAUAUAUCAUAUUUAUCGAAAAAAAAUACGUAAGCUAGUUGGACAUGUACUCAUACGAAAACGAUUUAAAUUAUCUUGAAAAAAAAUCCGUGAAAAUUAAAAAAGAGCGUCCACUUUUCCUUUGACGAACGCUUCACAGAGACUCGAAUAAUUCAUACGGAUCUGAGUUUGAGUUUAAAUUUAGCCUACAUACCGAGGUUAAGUUUUUAGCUGAUGCAUGAUAACUCGUUUAAGUAUUUUACUUUAUUUAUAAUGAAUAAAGGCUUAGAAACGUU